UAGGCGGAAGUGACCUACAGACUGCGUCGACACAUGUCGCUAUUGCAAACAUUCGUUAGCCUUUACUGAAUUUGGAAGUUCCUUCAGAAAUAUAGUGUUUAAUUAGUGUGGCUGUUGAAUGUUCGUGUUGCCUUCUUUGUAAAAAUGUUAUUAAAAGCGGUGGACAACGAUGAAACGACAGUGUUUCGAGACGUUGCCGCCUCCGUGCGGGUUCAGGUGGAGCCAGUGGGCCGAUGGUUCGAAGCAUAUGUGAAGAGGAGAAACAGGAACCUGUCUACCUCCUUCCAGGAGUUGGAAGAGGAAGAGGAGUCCUCUGAGGAGUCGGAUGAUGAGGACUUUCAGUUGCAAGAGCAUCCGAUGCUCCGAACGCUCGAUCCAAAGGACUGGAAGAAUCAAGAUCACUACGCUGUCCUCGGUCUUCCGCACUUGAGAUACAAAGCGACUCAAAAACAGAUCAAAGCUGCCCACAAAGCCAUUGUAUUGAAGCACCAUCCCGACAAAAGGAAAGCUGCGGGAGAGCAAAUUUCAGAAGGCGAUAAUGACUACUUCACGUGUAUAACUAAAGCUAUCGAAGCCCUGUCCGACCCCGUGAAGAGGCGAGCCUUCGACAGUGUCGAACCUACAUUUGACAACAGCGUGCCUUCCAAGGCGGAGGGCAAAGAAAACUUCUUCCAGGUGUUCCCUGCAGUUUUUGAGAGGAACUCCCGGUGGUCCACCAAAAAGCACGUGCCCAACCUCGGCACCAUAGCGUCUUCCUUUGAGGAAGUGGAUAACUUCUACUCCUUUUGGUACAAUUUUGAUUCUUGGCGGGAAUUCUCGUACUUGGAUGAGGAGGAGAAGGAAAAGGCUGAGUGUCGGGAUGAGCGGAGAUGGAUCGAAAAGCAGAAUCGAGCCUCCAGAGCUCAGAGGAAGAAGGAGGAGAUGAUCCGAAUACGAACACUAGUUGAUACCGCCUACAGUUGCGAUCCCCGGAUCAAGAAGUUCAAGGAAGAGGAAAAGGCCCGGAAGGAGUCUGAGAAGAAAGCAAAAGUGGAAGCCAAGAAGAAAGAGCAGGAAGAAAAAGAUCGAGCCCGACAGGCUGAGCUGGAGGUGGCUCGUUUGGCUAAAGAGAAAGAAGACGAAGAAGCCAAGCAGGCGGCCCAGCUGGCCAAGAAAGAAAAGGAGAUCCAGAAGAAAGCCAUCAAGAAGGAGCGUCAGAAGCUCAGGACAACCUGCAAGAACUGGAAUUACUUUGCUGCCAGUGAGGGCGAAAACGUGAAGAUGAUGGAGGAGGUGGAGAAGCUCUGCGAUAGGCUCGAGCUCAGCAGCCUGCAGACCCUCAAUGAGUUACUGGCCACUGCUUCAAAGGAGGACAGCAAAGUUGCUGUCGAGAAGCAGGUGCUAGAGGUGAACGCACAGCUCCAGAAGGAGCGGGAGGCUGAGGUUCAGGCAAUGCAGGCCUCUCGGAGCGGUGAGCACGGCGGCGGCGGCGGGGGAGGAGGGGGCGGCGGCAAAGGCUGGAACGAAGAAGACCUCCAGCUGCUCAUCAAGGCCGUCAAUCUUUUCCCUGCUGGAACCAAUGCGAGGUGGGAAGUUAUUGCCAACUACAUGAAUUUACACUCGACAAGUGGCAUGAAGAGGACAGCCAAAGACGUCAUCAACAAAGCCAAGAGUUUACAACGCCUUGAUCCAUUACAGAAAGACGACAUCAACAGAAAAGCCUUUGAGAAAUUCAAGAAGGAACACAAUUCUGUGCCACCCACCGUUGACAACGCUGUGCCAUCGGAGAGGUUUGAAGCCCCAGGUGGCGAUGGAAGCGCCGCUCCCUGGACCACAGAGGAACAGAAGCUUCUUGAGCAGGCCCUCAAGACAUAUCCUGUCAGUACGCCUGAACGCUGGGACAAGAUAGCCGCAUCCGUGCCAGGACGGAACAAGAAAGAUUGUAUGAAGAGGUACAAGGAAUUGGUGGAGAUGGUUAAAGCCAAGAAAGCUGCACAAGAGCAAGUCGCAAGCAAGAGUAAAAAAUGACAACACAAAGAGGGCAUCGUUAUUAUUUUUAUUAUGACCGUAAUGUGUUUGUCUUCUUUGUUUUAUAUGAAAAGAAUUAAAAGAAAAAUUGAGAAAA